CCUGCCGAAUUGGAGAUGUCCCUUUAACAACACUGGCCUGGAUCCCAUUCAUGGCUGCUUUGCCUCCAGUUCAGCUGCCGCUGAAGCUGCCUGCUGACUCAUGUACCAGUGACCAGCAGAAACUGAGAAAUGGCUCCUGCAGUUGUAGCGGCACUCGUGAGCUGGGGGUUUCUGGAUUACAAGACAGAGAAAUAUGUGAUGACCAGGAACUGUCGGGUGGGCGUCUCUCAGAGGCUGCUGCAGCUGGGAGUGGUGGCCUAUGUUAUAGGGUGGGCCCUCUUGGCCAAAAAAGGCUACCAGGAAUGGGACUUGGACCCGGAGAUCUCUGUCAUCACCAAACUCAAGGGGGUUUCUGUAGUCCGGAUUAAGGAACUGGAGAACCAGCUCUGGGAUGUGGCUGACUUCGUGAAGCCAGCACAGGGAGAGAAUGUUUUCUUCCUGGUAACCAAUUUCCUCGUGACACCAGCUCAAGUCCAGGGCAGGUGCCCAGAGCAUCCUUCUGUUCCUCUGGCUAACUGCUGGGCUGAUGAGGACUGCCCUGAAGGGGAGACGGGGACGCACAGCCAUGGCAUAAAAACGGGUCAGUGUGUGGCGUUCAACGCAACCCACAGGACCUGUGAAAUCUGGAGCUGGUGCCCGGUGGAGAGUGGUGCUAUGCCCAGGAAGCCCCUGCUGAUUCAGGCCAAGAACUUCACGCUCUUCAUCAAAAACACUGUCACCUUCAGCAAGUUUAACUUCUCCAAAACCAAUGCCCUAGAUACGUGGGACAGCACCUACUUCAAGCAAUGUCUCUAUGAUCCACACUCCAGCCCAUACUGUCCAGUGUUCCGCAUCGGAGACCUCGUGGCCAUGGCUGGAGGGGACUUUGAGGACCUGGCAUUGCUGGGUGGUGCCGUGGGUGUCAACAUCCAUUGGGACUGUAACCUGGACGCCCGAGGCUCUGACUGCUGUCCCCAGUACUCCUUCCAGCUGCAGGAGAGGGGGUACAACUUCAGGACAGCCAAUCACUGGUGGGAAACCUCAGGUGUGGAGGCCCGGAGCCUGCUCAAGCUCUAUGGGAUCCGUUUUGACAUCCUUGUCACUGGGCAGGUCUCUCAGGCAGGGAAGUUUGCACUCAUCCCUACGGCUAUCACAGUGGGCACAGGAGCAGCUUGGCUGGGCAUGGUCACCUUCCUCUGUGACCUGCUGCUGCUGUACUUGGAUAGAGAAGCCCAUUUCUACUGGAGGACCAAGUAUGAAGAAGCAAAGGCCCCAAGGACAACCAACAACACUGCGUAGACUGAGCCUGUGUUGACACUGGCAAACACCAUGCCCAAGUGUCUCAGCCCCGGUUUGCACCUGCUCCGUGUCUGCUGCUGCUGGGAUCCAGACAUUCAUGCGCCAGUGUCCCGCUGGGUGGCUGUCAUGCACUGGCCUAUCCAUUCCUGAGGCUUAGAGCCACUCUCUUCUGCGUAAAGUUUAGGGCUUGGGAAGGGUUCCCGCUUAGGAACAUCGAGGACAAAGCUUCAGCAGAACUGGAUAGGGGUUGGGGGAAUCCCACCAGACUCCCCAAGCAGACUCCCUCCUAGGUUCUGCCUGAGAGGAGAGAAGGCAAUGUAGUUGAAUGAGUGAUUGCUGGUAUACUCAGAACUCUCUCUACAUCUUCCUGGAGACUCUGCUUUCCAGCUCAAAGCCCCUGGCCCUGACCACCAGGUUUCUCAGGAGCUUGUAAGAAACUGCACACAUAGUAUUUGCUGCCAUCCUGACAACCUCAGUCUCCUAUAGAGCACCUCCUUACUAGACAUCCUAACCCUGGCCCCAGCCAUAGUGCCAUGGUUUCAAGGUAUGGUCUCCAUGAAGGGCACUAAGGUUCUUCAGGGAUCCCUUCAGGGAUGUUCUUCAGGUUCUGGAUCUGUAAUCAUGUGGAACCUUGAUUCCUUCAAGAUAGUGACUUUUUUUCAUGUCCUAGAGCUCAUAGAAAAGAUGUCAGGAACAGGGGAUUCAGAAACUUUCUUGGUCCAAGUGUGGGGCGUAAUUUAGGGAGUAUGCACCCCUUGGAAGGAAAGAGGCAGGAUACAUGGUGAUGGAGGGAGCACCAGAGCUGAGGCCAAAGCAGCACCAAUAUCUGGGGCCACCUGGCUUCCAGAACCCCCCCCCCCAAACACUUUAGAGUUCCUUAGGGCUGUGGCCUCCAAAGGGCUAGGGUGGGAAGGCCUGGCUACUGGAGGUGGUUUACAUGGACCCAGUAGUCCGUGAGGAACCCUGUUAUCAUCGCUGAAGUAAAGCUUGCCAAAGCAAGCAGCUUCCUGUGUAGGGAGGAAUGGGAAAAGAGAGAUGGCAGAGCCCAGCCAUGGGGACCCCAGCGAGAGGUACAGUCUACACCUAGGACUUUCUCCCUCUCUGAAUUGUAGCCACACAGCCAACUAAUGGGCUGGAAGAUAGUGGGUGCAGGUCCAAGGGCAUCCAUGCGUGCUUAAGUGCACCACUCAUGUACUAAUCCUAGCUGGCCUCUUAUGGACACUGUUGCCCUGGAGAUUAAUAGGUAGCAGAGAACCCAAAGGCUUUACCUGAAAACCCCUUCAGGGUUUACAGAGACAAUAAAGGGUAAUCUGUGGUUAGGAGCCUGGAUUUGGAAAC